AUGCAAGCCCUGUCGAUGGGUCUUAGCUCUCCACCACCAGCGCUCAAGGGUUUGCACAUUACCCUGGCCCUCUGCUGUACCCCGGCCAACAUCAGUGACGGUGAAUGCCCUCCCCCACCUAGAAGUAUUUUCGACAUACUCCCUGCCCGGGGAGAAGUCGUCGAGGUGGCGAUCGAUACGUUUCCGUGGUUUGUCAACGACAGCACUUGUGCACGGUCAAGACAAGACGCCACGUCCCUUAGUACCCAGCAGCAGCAACAAGAGCAACAACCACACCAAGAUCGAGACCCAGCCAUCCCGGCUACCCAGGCCCCCGGCGAAGCCGAAGCUGCCGCCGUAGAAGGGGAAAAGGCCUGUGGUACUGGCAGCACCAACACAAGCCCCCGUUCCAGCCCCUCAGUACAGGGCACAACGACUGCAGCGACAAGCCCUGCCAGUCACCAAUGUACCGAUUUUGGGGACCAAUCGCAACAGCAGCAGCAGCAGCAGCAGCAGCAAGUCCAAGGGGCAUCACACUUGAUGUCGCCAAGGAGACCCGAAUCAACGACGACUGGCCCUUCCGAUAAUCCGCCCUCGCCCAGACCGAGACUGCCGGGCCCUGGCUUGUCAGGCGCACGUCCCGUCGAGCAAGUUCCAGACCAGGUAACAGGUCGGCAGGUACAUACAUCCGCGUCACGACCUGGCCUCGGUCUGCAGCUUCCCCCCAUCAGCAUGGGCGCCAGUGACGUGCGCAACAUACUCAACCCGCUCGACCAGCACCCGAGUCCGGCAUUGGGUCUUCCUAGGCAUUCGAGUAUGGCUAGAGGCCUCGACUCCCCUAGUGUCGAGCGUCCGGUAUCUGUUGGCAGUGGACUAGCAAGAUCACCGGCGGAUGGAGUUCCCGCCCGCUACUCCACAGGCGCUAUGCCGUCGCCAUCCUAUCCUUUCCCGAUCCAGCUGCCUUCCCCAUCUGCAGUUCGCCCGGAUGAGUCAAUAUCACCACACACUAUUUCAGCCGCACACCAAUGGCAGCAGCAGAGGCAACUGCCAGCUCUGAGCGCUCCAAAUACGCCUCAGCAGUCUGGACCCACAAGCCUUCCAUCUUCAAGGGAGAUGGGCCCAGACAGAACACAACAAUCCUUCAGCCUUGCCGCGCCGACGCCUGUCAACAGACCUGUCGAGUCCGAACAACAACAACAACAGCAGCAGCAGCAGCAGCAGCAACAACACACUCUACCUGCACUUUCGCCAUCCUGGGGUCCUGGCCCCGGAAUAUCGCCCCUCAACGUACCAAGACGACCAUCCCCAGCAGGCGGUCCAUCGCUGCCGCAUGGGGCCCCACCGUUUGGUAACCGUACCGCGUCGCAACCCCCGAAUCGACAAGGCCUGCCACCCCUGGGUGCGGACCAACUGAAUCCUCCCACGAAGCGAUCGAGGGCUGACUCGGGAUCUGAUACUUCAAAUUUGUAUCGUGGUAGCAGCGAAGAGACUUCGGCGCUCCCGGGUCCAAGCAGAGGCACAUCUUUGCUCUAUAACCAAAUGCUGAGGCGUGGAGGCGAACCAAGACAGUCUAUGGUGCUGAUACCACAAGGCGGAGGUCAGAUUGAAUGCACAGUGGAUCUGAAGCAAGGGUCGAUUGCGGCUGAUGAGAAACGGAGGAGAAACGCAGAGGCAUCGAAGCGCUUCCGCGAACGGAAAAAGGACCACAACUUGCAAACGGACCAGGAGCUUCGGGAAUCACAGCGGCAAAACAGCGCACUGAUCCACGAACGGGACUACUGGCGAGAGGAAUGCCGCCGCGUGCUCAGCAUGAUGCCGCCGGCUAUGAGGCACGAAGCAGAGCGCACCGCGCCCCCCAUGCCGCAGCACCCCAGCGAAUCUAGCGGCGAUGAUCAUGGCCAUUCUCCAAUUAGUCAACAGCACGGAGCGUCUCAGCGCGCCGGUCGGGGCAGCGGUUCUGGGCGUGGCCGUGGGAGACGCCAGGCCAACCCGCAGUCGUUCAUGUCAUCACAGACACCCCAAAGCAGGCAGAGCGAGGGGGGUUCCCCGGCUUAUAGCGACAUUUCAAGCGUGGGACAGGAACCGGCCGCAAGGCGUCGUCGGACGGAUGACUUUGGCAACUACAUGGCCUACGGAACGCCGUCUCAGAGUCCACAGGCCCCCGCGCACAUACUGCCUCACGGGCAUUCGGGUACAGCAACGCCUUCGCCGCGGCCUGUUUCUAAUGGUGGCCCACCGCCGCCUGCAGGCCCACCCCAUCCUAGCCUGCCACCUCUGAACCCGGGGCCUGGCUUUCUGCCGCCGCCAGGAAGCAUGUCGUACCGAGGUCCCGGGCACCCGGGUGUAGCAGCAGGGACCCCGCCUGCUACUAUGGCACAUUCUCCUCAGCCACACCACAUGCAUCAGUUGCCUGGACAGCCGCCAUAUCCGCCGAUGAGUCGGCCUCCGGUAGAGACACGGUGGGCGACUGGGCCAUCGGGCUAG